UUUCGCGUUAGCUUCACAAUCUGAAAACGGGAAAAAGCAGUCCCUCCUCCCCAAUCCCCGAGGUCUUCUUCCUCUUCCCUCCUCCUCCAGCUAGGGUUCCGGAUCAGUUCCUUCCAUCUCUCUCCUUCCUUCGUUUUCUCUCGGCAGGAUCGCUUGCGUACGACGCCGCUCCCGGCGGACCAGAUCGCCGGCGAUCGAGCGGUUCCCGAUCGAGUUCCCGUUCGCGUCCGGCCGGCGCCUCGGUUGGGAGCUCCGACUUCCGGAAAACAGGGAGAGAUUAUGGCGAACAGGCACACGAUCAUUCUCAUGCAGACUUCUCAAAACAGGGCAAGCAGGACUUUCAUGGACUAUGGCUCUGUGAGUCAAGCUAUGGAUGGUAUAUGUGGAUUAUAUGAAAGAAAACUCAAGGAGCUAAAUCCUGCCAUCAGAAACAUCACUUAUGAUAUUACAGAUCUUUACAAUUUCAUGGAUGGUCUCACGGACUUGAGUGCUCUAGUUUAUGAUCAUAGUACCCAGGCAUAUCUGCCCUAUGACAGAGAGUGGAUUAAACAACGCACCUUUCAACACCUGAAGAAGAUGGCGCGAUGAGAGUCUUGCUCGAUUUGGCAAAGCAGUAUUUGGUAAUCGUCUGUGUAAUAUGUAGAAUUUGGUUUCAGGAGAGAUGGUAUAUGCGCGAGGUUCUUUGAGAAGUGUUUUUACUGCCUUUUAUCAUGAAGAUGUAUGGCUGGUCUCAAGCCCUGAUCACGACUUCCUUUUCCAUGGUUUAUACUCGAGAAUAGCAAGCGAUGUGAGAUCUGGUUUCCGAUUAUUCUAUUACAAGGUCCUUAAGUUGCCUGAGGAGUUGGACCUUGGAUUUGAAGAUUGUAAACUCGUGUUACUAGAAAACUAUAUGAUAUUGUGAGAAUAUGGCUCUCUC